CCACAGUCUUCCUCCGUGUCUCUCGAAGGCGUCACUCUAUAAUCGGUUUUUUUUUUUUGGUUUCGUGAUUUUCGAAGGUUAAUCAGAAAAACAAAAUAACAAUGUCCGACUCCGAUAAUCUACAGCUUCAACAAUCAUCGACAGGGGCAGGAGUUGUUGAUGGGCAUACAGCUGCAGCUACUGAUGUUGGUUGGUACAUUCUUGGUGAAAACCAGGAAAACCUGGGCCCGUAUACUUUCUCUGAGCUAUGUGACCAUUUCAGGAAUGGUUUCCUACAAGAAACAACCCUAGCCUGGGCCGAGGGAAGAAGCGAGUGGCAACCAAUCUCUGCCAUCCCUGAGCUAACUUCUACGAUUUAUAGAGCUGAGGUUGAAGGUGCAUCUGGGUCGCUAAACGGAUCUAAUGCUGGAACCAAGCUACAGAAGCAAGAUAAACCUGCCUCUACUAGUAUCGAGGAUGAAUUAGAGAAAUGGCAGAGAGAGAUUAAAGAAGCAGAAGCGGAGGCUGAAAGAUUGAAAAGUGGGUCUGUCUCUAGUAGCUUUGGUACUGAGCUUGUUGAAGAUGAUCAAGGCAGGCCUUCUUCACCACCUGAUGGGGAAUAUGAGUUCACAGAUGCUGGAACUAGAUACAAGUGGGACAAAACUCUUAGAGUAUGGGCUCCUCAGGACGAUCCACCGGGUGGCGUUGACCCGUAUGGACUUGAAGAAAUGACUUUUGCUACGGAAGACGAAGUAUUUCCAGCAAUAAACAUUCUUGAUACUUCUGCUGAGAAGGAGGAUGAAUUGACUGGUGAGAAAGAAGAAGAUGGCUCUGAUGAGACCGCUGAAAUAAACACUAACCGCAAGAGAAAGCUGCCAGAACAAGAAACUGAAAAGAAGGAAGCAAACAAGCCUCCGGAGUCGUGGUUUGAGUUAAAAGUAAACCCACAUAUUUAUGUUACUGGGCUGCCCACUGAUGUCACUCUCGACGAAGAUGACACUGGCAAGCAUCGCAUAAAGCUUUACACUGACAAGGCGACAGGAAACUUAAAAGGCGAUGCUCUUAUCACGUAUAUGAAGGAGCCCUCAGUGGAUCUGGCAAUUCAACUGUUAGAUGGAGCUCCUUUACGUCUUGGUGACAAGCUCCUCAUGUCAGUUUCUCGAGCUAAAUUCGAGCAGAAAGGGGAGAGAUUUAUAACUAAGCAAACCGACAACAAGAAGAAAAAGAAGCUCAAAAAGGUCGAGCAAAAGCUGCUUGGAUGGGGUGGUAGAGAUGAUGCUAAGAUCUCAAUACCUGCAACGGUUGUUCUGCGCUAUAUGUUCAGUCCAGCUGAGAUGAGGAGUGAUGAGAGUCUGUGUGCCGAGGUAGAGGAAGACGUGAAAGAAGAGAGUUCGAAGCAUGGACCGUUUGAUUCAGUGAAGGUAUGUGAGCAUCAUCCACAGGGUGUUGUUCUUGUAAGAUUCAAGGAUCGAAAAGAUGCACAGAAAUGCGUAGAUGCAAUGCACAAUCGAUGGUAUGCAAAGAGACAGGUACAUGCGAGCAUUGACGAUGGGUCAGUGAACCAUGCCGCGGUUCGAGAUUUUGAUUUGGAAGCCGAACGGGUUUCCACGAGUACUCUGUUCAAUCGAGGUGUUGGAGUUCUUGAGCUUAGAUUGGUGAAUUCCGCGUUUAUAUUAGCCAAGAAAGGGCCACUUGGGACAAUAUGGAUUGCGGCCCAUUUGGAGAGGAAGCUUCGAAAGAAUCAGGUGGCUGAUACUGACAUCGGAGUCUCCGUUGAUUCUAUUCUCUUUCCGGAAGCUCCAAUCGCAUUGCGAUUGUCUAGUCAUCUUCUGCUUGGCGUGGUUCGUAUUUAUUCAAGAAAGGUGAAUUACCUAUUUGAUGAUUGCAGCGAGGCGUUGCUUAAGGUGAAGCAAGCUUUUCGCUCUGCUGCGGUUGACUUACCUCCUGAGGAAUCCACAGCGCCUUAUCACUCAAUUACGCUGCCGGAGACAUUUGAUCUUGAUGAUUUUGAGCUUCCAGACAAUGAACUCUUUCAGGGUAACUACGUUGAUCAUCAUGUUAGUACAAGAGAGCAGAUCACCCUUCAGGAUACAAUGGAUGGUGUUGUGUACUCAACAUCGCAAUUCGGAUUAGAUGAGCGAUUUGGUGAUGGCGACACUUCUCAAGCUGCUUUGGAGCUUGACGAGGAAGUAUUCCAGGAUAAGGAUGCUAUUGGAUCCGAGGAUGAGGGAGUUCAAGGCAAUGAUCACAAUGCAUAUAUGGAUGCGGCAACACCGGAGAUAAAGGAUGAAACGGUGACAGUUUCUGAAGCCAUGCCCAGAGAUUUCAAUCAAGAACAGGUGGAUGAUCGUGCUAUGAGGAAUGAGCUCGUUGAAGAUGCACAAGCUCCUCAAACUCCUGGAUUAGUUGAGGUGCCAAAUUCGUCUAGUGUCAGAGAGCAGCUGGCAUGCGAUGAUCACAUGGAGGUAGAGGAUCUGAAUGCAGAAGAAGGUAGGAAGGCCUCUGGAGAACUGGAUGCUAAUGAGGUGCAUAAACGUGAUGAAGACGUGUCCGCUGAAUAUAAUGCCGAAGAAUCAGCAGUUACUCCCAUGGAGGUGGAUAAGUCGCUGAUAGAUGAAAAUGCCAACGCAGAAAACGAGCAGGAGGAGGAGAGGGCAGAGCAUGUACAUGUUACAUCGCCAUGUUGUUCUCACAUCACAACGGAGAUGGAGGAUCUUGGUCAAGUAACGACUGAGGCAGGAACCGAUGUUAAUAACGAUGUAGCUGAUAAGUCAGAUGCUGUUCCUCCAGUAGAGUCUCCUGGAGGGCCAAAAGAUCCUGGAGAAGAAAACCGAGAUGCCAUUGCCACUGAGGCCAAUCAGGAAACAGAUUCUAGUUUACAAGGAGAUGGGCAAGUGUUUAGUAGACCAGAUGAGCAGCUGAAUAAUGCACACGAAACUGAUGAACAGUUGGGAGAUCUGACUGGAUUUACUGAGUCUGAUUUGUCUGCACCUGAGAAGGUAUUAGCAGCACCUAACAGACUGGGGGAUGAAAAUGGUUUCAUGGUGGAAUCUACGCCAGAUAAAGAAGACCCUCGUACAUGUAACGAGGAUGCGGAAACCAAUAACAUUACUGGGAAAAAACGCACUUUUACUGAGAGCACACUAACUGCAGAAAGUUUGAACUCUAUUGAGUCAGUUGGACUGAUUCAGUCGAAGAGAACUGCAGAAUCUGUUCCUGAUGACGAUGAUCUGUUGUCUUCUAUCUUAGUGGGAAAGUCAUCUUUUCUGAAGAUGAGGCCUACCCCUGUGCUUGAAGUAGCAUCUACAAAACGGUUGCGAUCUGCUCCCCGUUCUACUGCCACGAAGAGGAAGGUUUUAAUGGAUGACCCUAUGGUCUUGCAUGGCGACGUUAUACGGCAACAGCUGACAAACACUGAAGGUAUACGCCGUGUGCGAAAGAAGGCGCCUUGCACCAUUUCUGAAAUCCCGUAUGAUCUAAGAGGAAUCGUGAUAAUCGAGAAUGUUGACCGUCAUGCUUCUGUUGGAGUGGUGGAAGAUAAUGAAUGUUCUGUUAAGGCUGUGGAAGAAAAUGAAACUGAAGAAAGCUCUGCUCUUCAAGCUCGUCCAAAUGAUUCUGAGGAGCAACCUGCUGAGGCUCAUACUCCCCCACAGGAAGAAGGGAAAGAUGAUAACGAGCUUGGUGAAAAGAUUUGUGACGUGGAAGUUGCAAAGGAAGGCGAUGGAGCUGCUGAUGAAGUAAAUCUUUUAGUAAAUGACGAGAUCAGUCAAAUGCCUUUUGAGGACAAACUCGAUGGUGUAGAGGAUUUACAGGUGGAAGGAUGCCAUGAAAACCGUGAUGGAGGGCUAGGCGGUGAAGAUGUUAGUGCUGACGUUAACGAAAAAAGUUGCAGUGAUGUUAUCGAAAUUGCUGAAGGCGAUGUAGAUAACAACGCCACGCUCAAUGAGACAGACUUGAAAGUUGAAGAUGAACUUCCUUGUGAAGAUAAGAAGACAGAGGCAUCAGUUGAAGUUAGCGAGAUUGGGAUAGACGACCGGACUCCAUGCGAUAACACAGUUGGUUCUAUUGAAAGCGUAGAAGCUGGUGAUUUUAGUAAUCUGGCUUUGGAAACUUGCAACGAACAUCUUGUGGAAGAAAAUAAUGAUGGGGUGAAUCCAGAGAUAGAAUCUGGUAACAAAGACGAACCACAUAAUGAGAUGUUUGAUGAGGAGGCUUAUAUGCAAAGUGCACAAGAUGCAGAUCCUACUUCUCGUGAUGGUCUUAUGGGAGAUAAUGAUGAAAUGGAUACCAUGGAAGUGGCACAUGACACAGGAUUUUUGAACGUGGAUGAUGAUGAAGUAGAUGAAGACCAUGAAGACGAUGGCAUGCAAGAUGGUGAUGAGACUCGUCUUCUAGAGAACAGUGGAUGGUCUUCUCGUACUAGGGCUGUGGCGAAGUAUCUCCAGACGAUAUUUGAUAAAGAAGCUGAGAAUGGGAAGAAUGUUGUUGUGGCAGACAAACUUUUAGCUGGGAAAACCCGUAAAGAAGCAUCGAGAAUGUUUUUCGAAACCCUGGUUUUGAAAACAAGAGAUUACAUCCAAGUUGAACAAGCCAAGCCCUAUGAAAGUAUCAUCAUAAAACCGCGACCAAGACUCACCAAAUCCAUCUUCUAGAUGGAGAAAAAGAUCAAGCCAUAUAGUUGCAGAUAGGUAGUUUGGUCCAACCCGAAAAUAUCAUCCGAAAUGAUUCUCCUUCUCUAAAGUUAUAUACACUUUUCCUUUUUUUUAAGGCAAUGUAGUAGUAAUAGUAUCAAUGGUGUUGUAGCUUAACCAUCCAAGUAGCUGGAGAGGUUGGUGUUUGUCAUUGUUUUAUCGUUAUAUAUAUAUGAGUUGUUGUACGUGUAUAUAAAUUGGUGCCACCUUAUGAUCAUCACCAGUUUAAAUUUGAGAGAUGCUAAUUUUAUUUUCUUUGGAUAUCCGAAGUUCUCCUGUUUGUGGUUUUGAACUUGAGAGUACCGACGAACCAUUUUCUUAUUGAAUAAUAAUAUUUCCAUAUUCUAUUA